AGGCGACAUCACCAUCGCGGCCACUCGGGUUAUGCGUGUUUGGCCAUGAAGGUGUAUAAUCAAGUUGCUGAUUUCCCACGCGUUCUUUAUUUAAGUAGUACCGUCCUCAAUAUGGAGGAGCCUUUGACCCCGAACUACCCGCGAACUGGAUACUCAGCGCUCAGUACUCAGCUUCCACAUUUUCCUCCCUUUCUUGCUUCAUGUUUCAUAAAGGGAAAAAUAUGGAGCACAUUCUAUCGAUCAGCCGAACUGCUCACAACUUCAUACACCGGAUCAAUGCCCUCGUUCCUCGCUCGACUUCUUGGUUCCGACCCCAAAACAGCGAAAAAAGGCUGGAGGUGGAUGUCCGUCUCUCAGUACCCUACCCGCGACCCAUCUCGGCGGCCCUUGUUUCCGUGGGGGUUCGACCCUCACUGGCUGAGCAGGCAUCCCGGGCCUAUCUUGCUACUGCGUUGCAACUGAAGCGCGCAUAUGAGGAACGAAUCAGGGCAGUAUCUCGCGUUUGGCUGCAAACAAAUUUCUACGAAUCUCCGACAACUGCUCAAGAGAACCUAACAUCUGUGAAGACUACCUUCGUAGCGCACUAUCAGCGGACUUUGAGCAGCAUGGUGCAGGAAACAAUAAUGUUGGCUCGAGAGCGACUAGCUCUAGCGUCGGCACAUCAUUUAUCAGACAAAGUUGAAGCCCAGAAAGGCAAACGUUCGGCAUUCAACCAGGACGCGGUACCCGUGUUGGAGGAAGUUUACUUCAGGAAAGCAUAUCCAACGCGCGAGGAGAGAGAGGAGCUUGCCGCGAGAUUCUGUAUGCAACCACAACAGAUCAAAGUUUGGUUUCAAAACAGGAGGGCUCGCUCUAAGCGAAGUGGGCACGAAACACGGAGGACUCCGGAGUUCGUGGGGUAUGUGAAACAACAUUUCUCAAACAUCCCUUCUACAUUCCUUUCAGACAUGGAGCGUCUGAUAAGCAAAGAUAUCCAUCACCCUCAACGUAUCGAAUCGGUGAACCGAUCACAAGUUGUUUUACCCAAGUCGUCAACUCAGUUUCGCGAAAUCGUGACCUCUGAAGCACCCAAGUAUGCUUUCCCCUCCAAAUACCAACGCGCACUUGUGAGCGAGGAUCGCGUAGCGUUUGAAGACGGGUUGAUGCAUUUUGAGAUCCCCUGGAUUCGGUCGGUCGGUUCAUUUCGCCCCGAGGAUCGCCCUGUCUCGGAUAUCUCGGACCUCACGUAUGCUUUUUCCAAACUAAGCUUAGGCAGUGAGCGCACGGAGGAUACAAAUCGCUCUCAGCCACCCUUCAAUGCCGCAUUCAUCCCGACAGCGUCGUCCGCACGGACUCGGCCUGUUAAAUCUCAUGCGGCUCCUCCUAUCGUUUCGUGGGACACUGUCAAGCCUAAAACCUAUUUGUCGGGGUAUGACGCCGAGAAACGGCAUGUAUCAUCGACACCAAUGCGCCGGCUAUCCGCACGGUCGAGUCUUCGAGAAGUCUAUUCUCAUCAUCUGUCACGUUCCACUCCAUCCUCUCAACUUUACCCUCAAUCCUCUCAACCUUACCCUCAAUCAAGACCAUCACAUCGACUACAUGCUUCGCUUUCCAAACGUGCCCCACAGACUUCACCAUCGCAUUCCCCGCCUUCGCGCUCUUCUUCGCUGACGUCCGUCAAUUCGGAUGGCUGGUCAUCGUCUGGAGCGGGUUCCCCCGCAUUGGUGACCCCAUCAACUCCCACGUUUGAUCUCCCAGAUUACUCCACAUCGGAAAAGAAACAGAAGAAACACAAGCGAUACUCUCCCUAUUCAUCCAUGGAUUAUUCUUUACGGGAGAAGUCGGCUUGUGCUCCUCGGACGUUUCAAUUCCGCACAACAAUUGCAGCGUUCUGAUAUUCACCUUGUCCUGUUGAUAUGUUGCUUUCGUCUUCGCUUCGCUUUCACCUGGCUUUGCUUUAAUUUUAUUGUGUAUUUAUUCUUUACUGACCUCGUGCAGCUUUUGGAUCGGUUUCGUAGUGUAGUAAUAAUCGCAGAAUAUCGAGAGCUACGCUCUCACCGACACUAUGGAUGCACACGAUCG